UUCAAUCCCACCUACGGGGGUUCAGAGGGUUUACAACCUAAUUUGUGUAACGGAUGAUGUUUAAUGAUGAUGCGGUGAUUGCAGCGAGACAUUGCAGAGCCUGUUUUUCUUAGAUCUGUUUCUGUUUUGUAGGAAUGUCCUGUGAUGUCCUUGAACAGCCUAACCACUGAAAAUAGAUGCUGCAGGCAGCCUGAAUCUGACUCUGCUGUGUCUGUGUGUUUUCCAGAACAACAGGACAGUAUGGCCACCACUGUUGCUGUCAGUCCCAGUGAAUACCUUCAGCCCUCCACCGUUUCCACACAAGACACCCAGCCGUCUCCUUUGGCCCUCUUGGCGGCCACCUGUAGUAAAAUUGGCCCUCCUGCUGCUCAGGCUCCUGUCACCUCUCCUCCAGCGCAGCCGCAGCCUCGCAGGCUCCUCCCCAUAAAGCCGGCUCCCAUCGCCCCCGCUCCACCUAAGAACCUGGGCUUCCUCUCAACCAAGGGCAAUGUCAUCCAGCUGCCUGCGGGCCUGGGCUCCACGGCCCCUGGCAGCCCCAUCGUGCUCACCAUCCAGCAGAGCCCGGGCCGCACCAACACCUCGGCCCCCGCCAACAUCCAGUACCAGAUGAUGCCGCAGAUCCAGGGUGCCCAGACCAUCCAGAUGAUGCCGCAGGGGGGUCAGAUCCAGCUCAUCCCAGGCACCAACCAGGCCAUCAUCACCACUCCCAUGACUGUGCCGGCCCCCGCAGCAGCCACCACUCCUGUCACGCCUCAGAAGACUGUAGCAAUAAAGCCUUCCCCGAAGUCGCGCAAGCCAAACAACUCUGCAACAAACUUAGUGCAGCUGCCCAGCGGGCUCACGCUGCCGCUCAACGUGGCGACCGGAGAGGUAGGCGGGGCUCAGUUCGUCACAGAGACGGCGGCUGCCCCGCCCACUCCGGGGAAGGGCCGACGAGGAAGGAAGAAGAAAGUGGUUUUGACUGCUGCGUCUCAGAUUCCUCCUCCCCCACAGGCUGCCUCUCCGCCCCCAGAGCAGAUGGAGACCAUCGUUAUAGAAGCUGGAGACAACAUCAUCCAGGCAGGUAACAACCUACUGAUCGUGCAGAGUCCCGGCCAGCCGGCUAUGGUGCAGCAGGUCCAGCUGGUCCAGUCCAAACCGGAGUCUCAGGUGGUUCAGAUCCCCCAGCAGGCCUUGAAGGUAGUGCAGGCUGCCUCCGCCACAUUACCGCCCGUCCCACAGAGACAGUCAGUCCCCUCGAGCCUGCAGGUCACUCAGACGGAGCCAACACCGACACAGAUCCUCUUCAAAACCGCAUCGGGUGAGUGGCAGUCUGUCCAGCUCCAGGACUCGGUCUCCACGACAACGACCCCCACCACCUCGGUCGCCACCACCACCACCUCGCCGCCGGCCGGCACCAAGAGGACGCUUGCGGGUGGAAGGAAGGAGCGGACUCUGGCGAAAAUUGCUCCGGCGGGGGGGAUGAUAUCGCUGAACACGUCGCAGCUCUCGUCAGCGACCCAGGCGGUGCAGACGAUCAGCAUCAACGGGGUCCAAGUUCAGGGAGUUCCUGUCACCAUCACUAACGCAGGGGGCCAGCAGCACCUCACCGUGCAGGCGAUGCAGGGCGGAGGGCUCCAGCUGGCAACGACGCCGGGCCAGCCGGCCAUCCAGGUGGACCAGACCCUCACCCUGGAGCUGCCCGGCCAGCCCGGAGAGAAGAAGCGACGCAUGGCCUGCACCUGCCCCAACUGUAAAGAUGCAGACAAGAGGCCCGGGGAGGUGGGGAAGAGGAAGCAUAUCUGCCACGUCCCUGGCUGCGAGAAGACGUUUAGGAAAACGUCGCUGCUCAGAGCUCACGUCCGGCUGCACACCGGCGAAAGGCCGUUCGUCUGCAACUGGGUGUUCUGCGGGAAACGUUUCACGCGCAGCGACGAGCUACAGCGGCACGCCAGGACGCACACAGGAGACAAGCGCUUCGAGUGCAGCCAGUGUCAGAAACGCUUCAUGAGGAGUGACCACCUGACGAAGCAUUACAAGACUCACAUAAACACCAAGAACCUUUGAGCUGCCCGUAUACUGAGCAGACAAACUCUCUGAAACUAAAGACUGUAUUAGAGGAAGAGGAGGGGCAGCGGAGACGAUACCAAGGGAGUGUCUGACCUUUCCCGUCGUGGGAAAUACUCCAAAAAAAGUCCCCUAUACCCCCUCUCACUCCUCUAGGAUACUGUGUUGCGUGGUGUACAAAGAAAUCCUUCCUGGUGGACGUCAAACUGAUCCAGCAAAUUUAUUAAUAAUAGUUUAUCUUUUUUUUCUCUCUGGUCCGAGCUGAGGCCACAACCUGCUCCAACUAAACGCGUGGGAUGGCGAGGCUUAAGAUGCAGAUGCUUAACUCUGCUUGCUUAUUUAUGAACUUCUCUUUGGGGGAAGAACGUACACAGAAUUAUUCAGACGCCAAAAACAAGACCACAGGACUCCAAAGUCACAGUUCUCUCUUUUAAUUUGUUUUCCUUCCCCCCCAAGUCCCCCAUUUUUUAUUUAAUUUUUUAAAAAUCUGUUGGUUGUUCGACAUUGGGAGUGUCCAGAAAUCUGCUUUUCAAGCACCAAAAAUGGAAUAUAUUCACCGCAAAUUUUUUUGUAUAUUUAACUGAAAUUUCUUUACCAGUGAAAUAAUAAUUUUGUUUGAUUUAAAACCCGUAUACCCCAAAAACUCCCCUUACAGGACUUUUGCAAUUAUUUAGAAGUUUACAUUGGCUAUUUUUUAAAGUAUGUACAUGCAUACUAUUAUACAUAGUAUUAUUAUUAAUAAUAAUAAACUAUUUAUACAUUUUUCCAUACAAUUGUUAGAAAAUUAAUUUCUAUGGAAGCCCGUUACUGUCAGUGUGAUAGAAAAAAAAAGACCUUGUAAGUCAUUAUGAGCAUUUACAAUUUGAUAUGACAAUUUACUGUGAUUUUUAUUUCCUUUUUUAACAUUAGAUCAUACACUUUUAAAGACUUUUAAAAGGCAUAUUUCCAUCAGUCAGCCUUUCUGACUUAUUUUAGCAGCAUCAGACGUAAAGUGGAACGUGGAGGUAAAGUCCCUCACACUGACAGAAAUUGACUUCCAUACUUAACACGGUGGGUAGGUAUGUAGAAAAGCUUGACAGACAAUGAAAUGAGACUCAUAGAUACAAACGGGAUGCUAAAAGUUUUACAGCAGAAAUACAAAGAGGAUGUAAAAAGAACAUUUAAUCACACUUUUUGCUUUGAUGGUACUGAUAUUAGGCUUAGCUCUCCCUGCAGAGCGAUCCAGGGACUGGCACCUCUGAUGGUCAAGUUUUUAGAUGCAGUCACUUUGCUGCCAAGACAUCAGAACAAAACGGCUGCACCCGAGGCUGAGCUUGGGCUUGGAAGAGGUUUAAUAUGCGGUUCAGGGCCAGAAGUCACUUUGCCUUAAACAUUGCCCUUCAGAUUUAAAAAUUCAGUUACUAAACAAACAGGCAGAAAGUAAAAGAGCUGCAGAGAUCUGAGCCGUAUAGUGAUAUCUUGGUGAAAAUCCUGGUAAUUUUACUUACAGUGGUCUUAAGACACAUUUCAAUGUCAGCAAAUGCUACAAAUGAUCGAUAUUAGAGCUGCUUUCCUGGUAUCGUAUGAAACUAAAAGAUCUAAAGAUUCCACUAUGUUGUGAUAUCUUGUCAAGAAGGGGUCUAAAAUGCUACCCGGGAAAAAAAUUACGUGAUUUUUAAAGGGGUCCCUUGACCUCUGACCUUAAGAUAUCCGAAUGAAAUACAUCCAUUGUAACAACUUAAAGUCUUGAGACAAAAUAUAAAGCAGGAUAAUUGCGAUUAUUCACAACAAAUUGUGCGAUUAAUUUGCGAUUGACAGUCCUAAUAUAUAUUUUUGAGGGAUUUGUUGUUUGCUUAAAAAUUAGGGCUGAAGUUUGAAUCAAAUCUUACUCCCAUACUUAUGCAAAGUUUCAAACAUUGUCUUUUUCUGGUCCUAGUCGAGAGUUGAUAUUAGGGCUGAACAAUAAAUCACAUUUAAACCAACAAAAAUAGAGAAAAAUGAUUAAUGAUUGGGGUAUUUUUUAAGUAUAGUGAGUAGUACAGGAGAUAAACAACUUAUAGGUCAACUUAUCUGAUUAAUUUCCCAUACUGUUCAGCCGUAAUUUUAAUCUGUGUUGAGGACUUUUGGACACUCUGAAAGGCCUUUCUAAGGCUUUUGAUGAAUCAUAAAGUCUCCUUUCACGAUUAGGUAUAAUGUCACAAAUUGCAGGACCUGCAAACAUUUAAUAACAGAAUGUUAGAGGACCCAGGGUUGAUCCCUGUGGAACACCAAAUCUGACUUCCACAUCUUUAAGUGAUCAAGCAGCUGUUGUGAUCAACGAUAUCAAAAGCAAGAUGUCAGCUCUUUUCAGUUGCAAGGAGAAAGUUGUUUGUAACAUCUCAGAUAUAUAUCUGACUUUCAGGAUCCAUCAGUGUAUCGGCAAAACAUCCCCAUCAGACAAUUUUGACUGCUGUUGGCUGUUGUGUUGCACCAGUUUUGACUAAAUGUCAGAAAACGGUCCUUUUAAACAGUCCAGCUAUAUGUGUUAUAAAUAGAACAAAAAACAAAUUAAACAGCAACUUUCCAACCUGGCUGACAUUCUUCAGAAAUGUUUAUUUAAGCUGUGAAUGAAACUUUGUUAAGUAACUUCACUUUUUCUGUUGUGGCUCAACAAAUGUUUGAUUUGAAGGUCACGAUUCAAUUGUGUUUUCAAUUUGAAUUUUCUCUUUUGUCAGCACCGACAGCUGUACAACUAGCAAUUGUAUCAAGUCCUGAUUCGUAUAAAAUCAAAAGAUCGUUGGUCUUAUGUCAUUAACAUUUUCAAAUUAUUAUUUAAAAAGAAACAGGCUACAUGGUCUCAAGUUUGGUAUAACUGAUGUAUUUUUCUGGAAUGUAACACACUAAAAUCAUCCCGUUUUUGAUUUCAACCACUGAAAUUGAAGCUCAUUUCGGUCAAUUUAGAAGUUUUGUAGGUUAAACAUUUGUAGCAGACUGCAUCAGAAAUCAUGUCCAAGGAGAGUGACAAUUUCACAUAUGAAUCUUUGCAAACUACCUAAACUUCUCUACCUUUUUUCGAGAAAUAUUGCAAAAACUACAGCAUUUCCCGUGUUUUAAAGGGGUGUCAGGGCUGAGUUAAUAACCCUAAAACAAAUCUAAGAGUUUUUUUUAGUUUUUGUUAAGUUAUAGAAAUAAGGUCAAAGACUUCUUGAAUCUCCAGGUGCUGAGGAUUUAAUUCAAGGAAAUAUUAGUGAUGAACCCACUCACACCCCCUUUUUUUCCCUCUUUAAGAUCCAAACCAGGUUGUUACAUAGUAAGUAAUCCAUCUCGGAUACCACAACAGGUACGCUUAUGUCCAGGGCUGGGUAUCAAUUCACCGAAGCUGAGAAGUUCUGGGAGUUGGCAUCGAAUAUUUUUCCAGAUUCAAACUCUUGUCCCUCUAUCACAAAGUUCCUGAUUUAGAGUAUUCUGUUUGAAAGGCAGCGUGUUCAUUUUUACUUUUCCUUUUAAUAACCGAAAAUGGGUUUUUUUACCUGAAAGAUUUGAGUUUUCAUUAUGCCGUAUAUAAGUUAGGUAUCAAAAAACAAACAAAAAAGCCUGAUACCCAGCCCUACUUACACUGUGUGUACUAAUAAAUAAGUAACUAAAUUCCAGGGUAACUGCUGUUCUGCUUUACUCACUGUAUUAUUUUGAUUUGAUGAUUUGUAGCCUAUGCAUUGUUGUAUAUAUAUACAUAUAUAUAUAUACAUAUAUAUAAAUGAUCAGAUUUCCGAUUAUUUGGCCUGACUUGACAAUCACGUCCCAAGAUUUAGAAAAAAAAAUCUUUCUCAGGCCUUUCGAUCAGUUACUUUGUACAUUAUUUUUUCCAGCUAUGUGAUAGCUUUAAUUCUGAAUUAACACUUGAGAAGUUUUUGUUAAUAUACAGAUGACCAGCAUUAGGCCUACUGUACAGUAUUCACAUAAGUUACUUAAAUAUCUUUUUUUGCUUUACCGGAAAACAUUGUUGCUCAUAUUGUUUUUUUUAUAAAAUGAAAAAUUUACUGACCAUUUUGCUAACAUGUCAUCAGUGAGUUUGAAGUCUGAACUUGUACGGGAGUUCCUUUUUAUUUAAAGAAAAUACACCGACUUAUUGUUGAAAAUACGCCUUUUUGGUCAAAUUGAUAUGGUGCUGUCAGAGUUGAGCUUUCACUGUGGCGCAUUUAAAUACUGUGACAAAAAUCCAGCAGCAAUUUUGACCAAAAAAGCCAAAGUUAGAUCAAUUUAUAAAGCACUUUUUUAAAACAUUUUUUCCUUAAAGUGCUUCACAGGUGCAGAAGAUAAAACGUACACAUAGGUGGCCAAUAUUUGGUGUAUUUUUUAAAGAUUGUGUCUGAAGACAUGCAAUGCCAUUUGGAGGUGGACAGACAAGAGCCGGUUCAUAUUUAUGUUUGUAUUUCAUGUCUGAAUAUGUAAAUAGUGUGUGUCUGGUAGACACAGUAAAUGUAGGAUAUUAAAACACAAACGUUAAGCUGCCUAGUGUUGUGGUCGGCGUGGCCGGCCUUGAAGGAAACGGACUUUGUACAGUGUUGUAAGGAAUAAAAUAUAAUGUGACAUUGUAUAGCUUCAUUCCUGCUUUGUAUAAGACUUCUAGAUCUUUUUUCUAUUGAAUUAAAGAUGCCUUAGACAGCAGCUGCACCCAGUAUUUAAUGAUGUUUUUUUCUGUCUAAUUCCA